AUGGACAUAAAGCAGGCAGCGGAGAGGAAGCUGAGGAGCCCCUACCCACAGCCUCACGAGUUCCCGACUGCGGCGUUGUCCAACUCUUUGGCCUCUUGCCCCGUGUCGCUUUUCCCGCAGCAGCCGCCUCAGCACGUCCGAGACAGGUCCCUGUCACCAUGGAGAUACGUGCGUGUCACAAAGGAGGAUCACUUUCCUUCCAGCUACUCCGAGGCUCAGUGCUUGUGUUCCGGGUGCGUCCUGAUCCAGAACAACAAGCAUCCGGUGGAGAGCCACGACUACAACUCGCACCCUGUGACGCAGAGCAGGGUGUUCCUCAAGAGGGAGCUGUGCGACGACGGGAGGAGGUACUACCUGAAGCCGGUCACUGUCAAAGUAGCUGUGGGUUGCACCUGCACCCGAGCCAAGAGCUACAACUAACCAGCUCUACCAUUCAUGUUGUGUUUGUUCUAAAAUGCACCAAGUCCCCUGAAAAGUCUGAACUAGGGGUGUC